UUCUGUGCUGGUGUGUGUGUGUGUGUGUGUGUGUUGGAAACACGUCAGUGUGAGCGGCGGAGUCUCACUGACUGCACAGGAAAACGCGUUGCUCUGAACUUCUGUACAAGCGAACAAGUGUACUGACUUGGUACACUUCGUGCUUUUAUAGCUACCUCUCUCCAGCCAUGAAAAGUCUGAAACAGAGACUGAAGAAACAGGAAGCGUCGAGCGGCACUACAGACUGGAACAAGUAUGACGAGCGUCUCCUGAAAGCAGUGGAGAGCGGUGAUGUGGACAAAGUCACCAACACACUCAAGAAAGGAGCAGUUGCCACCAAACUAGAUGCUGAUGGCCGCUCUUCGCUUCACCUAGCAGCAAGCAACGGGCUUAUAAAUAGCCUCAAUGUUUUCCUUGCCCACGGUGUCAACCUACGCACAGCAGAUGCUGCUGGUAAAACUGCACUGCAUCUUUCUUCAAAAGGCGGCCAUUCUGCCUGUGUGCAGCGACUGUUGCAGUGUAAAAGUCCUGUUGACAGCACAGAUCUGCAUGGAAGGACAGCUUUACACGAAGCAGCUUAUGCAGGUCACACUACAAUAAUCAAAAUACUGUGUGGCAGCGGUGCAACUGUCAGUGCUGUUGACAAGGAUGGACGUUCUCCUUUAAUGAUAGCAGCACAGAUGGGUCAUACCCGAGCUUGUCAACAACUUUUAAAUUGUGGGGCAUCAGUCAAUCUUCGUGACAAGCAAAAUAAGACUGCACUCAUCUUGGCUUGUGAGCACGUUUGCCAUGAAGUAGUGGAGGUCUUGCUGAAGCAUAAGGCAGAUGUCACUGCUAUGGACCUGCAUGGCCAUGACUCACGCCACUACGCCCAGCUUAGUGGAGACCAAGCCUUGAUCAUGAUGAUCAAACAAGCGUGGGAUGCAGCCAGCAAAGAGGCUUCCAAGACUGGUCCAAAAUUACAGCAGCAGAGGUCAGUGAAUAAUGAACCACACGUGCAUAUGAGGAAGAUGAGUGUGCAAGCUCCUGCUAAAGGCCCAUCUUCAGGUGUCAGCUGUCCUAACACAGUUUCACCACAGCAGCAUACAGAGUAUGGCAGCCACUCAGAAAAUGGAAAAGAUAACCUGCAGAGUUAUCAUUUGGAUUAUGCACAGGUUAGACAUCAUGCCCCUCACUCAGCAGCUCCAGCCUCAUUCAAAGCAAAGGAGGUGCUGGCUGCUGAGGCUGAUCUCCUUAAGAGGGAGCUGUGGGAGACCAGGCGGAGGCAUGAUGCUGCCCAGGAAGAGUUGCUCAGGCUGGACGCGGCUCUGGCCCUGCGCACUCGGGACUACGAGGAGCUGAGGAGAAGCAGUGAGCGAGCACUGCAGCAGGCCCAUAGCCGUGCUUGGGAGCUGGAGGAGGCGCUUGGGGAGGUGCAGCGUAGAAUGGCCGGCUCGGAGUCUAGGGUGAGGCAAAUGCAGGCACAUUUGGUAGCUGUACGUGAGAACCUAGUGGAGGAGAUGAGAGUACAACUGCUUGAGGCCAGAGCAGAGCUGCAUCGAGCACACGAGGAGCUUGGCCAAAGCAAGAGGGAAGCUCAGGAGCAAAAAGAGAGGAAUGACAGGCUCCUGCAGGAGGUACAGAAGCUCACUGAGGAGCUGCUGAAGAAAGAGGACACAGACGCACUGGAGGCAAGGCUGGCAGGUCAGGAGGCUCAGAGAACUGAAACGGCUUGUAAGGAAAUACAAACCCCCUCCGAAUGGAAGCCUGGUUCUCCAAAAAGCACCAUGACGGAUCUUACGAGCGAGACUCUUCAGCGAGAGAUGGAUAAGAAGAGCUACAUCAGCCUAGAGGAGCAUGAGUCUAUAAGAAGCUCACUCAGUACUGCACUUCAGCAGGCACAAAGCCAGGCUCAGGAAGCACUGCUGAGGCAGCAGGAAACCAGUGAGGAAAAUCAGAAUCUCAUUAGAGAACUGCAGGAGCAGAGGACAGAGCUGGACACCCUGCAGGAGGCCCUACAGGCCCGGUUUGUGCCUGUGGCUAUGCUGGAGACGAAGGAGAAGGAGGUAGCUCAGCUUAGGCUGGCUCUUAAACAGAUGGAGAACAGCAAGGAGAGGGAGGAGGAAGUCAAGAAGGCAAGUAGUGCUGAAUCGCAGAAGCAGGCUCAGCCUGAGCAAACAUCACAGAGCAAUGAAGACACAGAGACUAGGGGAACUCCAGAAAAGAGUACAACCACCUCUGUCAACUUUAAGGAGGAGAACAAGCUACUAAAUACUGCUGAAGGACAAAAUACGGAUUCAGAGAUAGUGGAGGCUGAAGGCCAGAGGGCGACUCAGAACAGCUCAUCAACACCCAGCAGUGUUUGUAGCCUUGUGCACUCAGAUAGCACCAUCCUGCAGGCACACAUUAACAGUCUGCAGCAGCAGCUAGAGAACUCUGAAAGGCAUUAUAGACAGGUUCUUGGUAUAUAUCGUACACGUCUUCUCAGUGCAGCACAGGGCCACAUGGAUGAGGAGGCCAGAUUGGCACUGCUUCAGAUUGCCCAAAUGAGACAGGAGUGUGUAUGUUGAUCAUUGCUUGUCUCUGUCUCUCUGUGUCGGAGUGUCUACAUUAAUCUCUCCCUCUCUUUCUGAGUGUGUGUGUGUGUACAUGUGAGAGAGAGAGUGAGAGAGAAUGUGUGAUUGUGUUACUGAUUAGAUGUUUACUACUGUACACAAGUUUAUGCACCUUUUAUUAUAUAUUAUGUAAAUAUAUAAAAUAAUGAUUAUUUUAUAGAAUGUAUGAUAUGUACAAAUUUGCUAACCGUUCUUUAAUAAACAAAUA